AUGUUUAUUGCCAGGAGAUCUUUCACACUGGCAUCCCGCUACCUACGAGAAGCGGUGGAGUCCACCCUGCUGUCGGGCACGGGUUUCUUUGGAAGUGUCCGUUCCAUGUUUGGUAAGCUGCAACGCCAGCUUGACAUCGAGAAGAAGGAAGAGAGGGAGAACGCCAACAAUCCAUAUAUUCAGUAUCCCGUGGUCACCAGUGAGCAGAUGAAGUACAUCAGCAAUGACCGCUUCAAGUUCCAGCUAGGACACGCUCUGUUUGCCCAUCAUUCCACGGUUUCGGACCCUACCGUGCAUUCCCUUAGUGACUUGACAGACCCAACACAACUCAAUAGUCUUUUGCCUAGAAGGAGGCCCCAGGGCUCUCCUGCCGAUACGCUCUCCAUCAAGGCUGGCGACGACGCCAUGUUGGUAUCUCCGACGGUCAUGGCUAUCGCCGAUGGCGUGUCAGGCUGGGAGUCCAAGGGGGAGCAGUGCUCCCUGGGCAUCUGGUCUAGAUCCAUGGUGGAAACGCUCAGUCGUCUCAUGACGGAGUACAAGCUCAACACUGCGCCUCACCAUCUUAAUAAGAGAGACAUCGACCAGAUUUUGGACGACUCCUACUUGCAUACUUCCCACUUGAUGGACCUCCAGGACUUGAGAGGCUCCCUGACGCUCGUCUUGUGCAUGUUGAGUGGCGAAUACCUCAAGAUGAUCAGCAUCGGUGAUUCUAAGAUCUUCAUUGUGCGUAAGGGUAAGAUCAUCAAGACCAACGAGGAACAGCUUGUCUCCGACUUGUGUCCUCAGCAAAUUGGAACACAGACGCUCAAUGUGAUGCCUUCAGAGGUCGCAUGGGUUGACUCCAUCAAGCUCCAGCCCGAUGACAUUAUCGUCAUGUGUUCCGAUGGUAUCACUGACAAUUUGCAUGACUGGGAAAUCGCCCAUAUGAUCGACGAGUACACCCAUUUCAAAAAUGAUGACAUGCGUGCUGUCGCUAACAAGAUACUCAGAAAGGCAAAGCUGACGGCCUACGAUGAUAACGCCUACACGCCUUACAACGAAAUGGUCAACAAACUCCCCGAGAACCGUUUUGGCAAGAACAUCAGUUUGGGUGGUAAGCUUGACGACAUGUCCAUCUGCCUCGCCAAAGUUGUUCCUAACAUCCCAUCCAAGAAAUCAGCAUCUCAGUCGAAGAAGUCGUCGGGCCCUUCCAAGCCCCCAGGGCCUCUCAGAGCGCCAUCCACAUACUACGAUCUCUAA